GGGUUAAGUGUCUUGCUCAAGGACACAUCGACAUGUGACCCGGAGCAGCCGAUCCGGGGAUCGAACCACCGACCUUCCGAUUGGUGGAAAGGCACACGUUGUUAUUGACAACCUUUUUAUAAUGAAAAUGGGAAAGUAAGCAUCACUUUCAGUGUCUUUCCUUCACGAGUUGGAGCCCAAAAAAACAGGCAAAAACAAUGACAACCAACGGACCUGUCAUCGUGUACGAGUGGCUGAAGACCCUCCAGCUCGCCCAGUACGUGGAGGCUUUCGUGGAUAACGGAUACGACGACCUGGAGGUCUGCAAACAGAUCGGAGACCCGGACCUGGAUGCCAUCGGCGUCUACAUCCCGCACCACCGGCAGCGGGUCCACGACGCCGUGAGGAGGCUGAAAGACGAAGCCAACGAGACGGCCAGCGGACUCUACUUCACCCUGGAGCCGAUGCCGCCCGCUGCAGAGGUUUACACCAGUCACAUGGUGGACCAGUACGAGUCCAAACUGCGCGGGUCCAAGUCGUGGACCGAGCACAACACUGACCGGGUGGUCGGGCGCAACGGAGGCUACAUGGGCGCGCAGAGGAACCUGACGCUGGGCAACAGGAGGGAGCUGGUGAUUUACCCCAAGCUCAAACUGAAGAUCAUGAUCAGGGAUAAGCUCAUCAGAGAUGGCAUCAACCUGGCCAAGCAGCCCUACUCUAAUAAGGAUGGUUCUCUGGGCAACAUAGAUGACCUUGCCCAGGAGUACUCUGAGUACUACAACACCUGCUUCAGUGACGUCAAUGACCGCAUGGAGGAGCUACGCAAAAGACGAGUCUCCCAAGAGCUUGACAUGGAGAAACAGGAUACAAGCAGCACAUCCCUGCAGCUCCGCACUGAGAUCCAGGAAUCAUUAGGCUUCAGCAGUGAGGUGUCCACUCCAGAAACAGACAGAAAAAUGCCCCUGACCAAAUCCAGCUCUGAAGAUGGAUCUGGAGGUAAAUGGGACAAUAAGAAGAAGAACAAAUCUUUUUGGCAGAACUUCCGCAAAUCUCAGCACAAACCAGUCAUGCGACAGACAUCCAAAGGAGAAGACAUCGGCUAUGUGGCCAGUGAGAUCACCAUGAGCGACGAAGAGCGAAUCCAGCUGAUGAUGAUGGUGAAAGAGAAGAUGAUCACCGUCGAAGAAGCUCUAGCUCGGCUGAAGGAGUAUGAGCGCAGCAGACAGUCCAGCAGUUCUGACACUGCAGAGUGGACUGAAGGAUCUGCGUCCAAUCUAAACCAGUCCUCAAACUGCAACUCUCGUGAGCAGUCAGACGAUGAGCAAUCGGAGGACUCUGUGAAGUUCAAACGGCUUCACAAGCUGGUCAACUCGACACGCCGGGUCAGGAAAAAACUCAUCAAGGUGGAGGAGGGCAAGAAGCAUGGCUCUGAAGAUUUUCUGAGUCUGGGGUCACCUCCCACCUGUGAGGACAACACAGCUCUGUAUACGGGGGUCAUAAAGAGGCCCCCUUUGCCCCAGGAUCUCACCCAGGAUCAACUCUCUCUGGAUGGAGACACAGACAGUCUGACCAACUCCCCGUCCUCCAGCAGCCUGGACACCUGGUCCGGACACAAGCUGGUCAAAACCUUCAAUAAAUCGUCCAGUACCCACGGCCUCAUCCGGCCCCCCAGGAGAACCCCGGUUGGCUCCGGAGGCUCCAACUCCGGCGUGGGCGGUAGUGGCUCUUCCUUCUCGGAGCUGGAUGGCUGCGGAUUGGACGACGAAGGAAAGCUGUCGCGCUCCACGACUGACAGCGAGAUGCGGAAGGCCCUGAGCUCCAUCUCCCAUGGGGUAAGUAACAACGAGGCUCUCUACGCCUAUUAUGGCCUCACCAAACCCCGCCCUAAACCCCACUCCCAGUCCCGCCUCCUGAUCUCCCUGGAUGACGGCCCACAAGGCAGCCCCAAACCCCAACCUGCCAACCGGCACCACGGCAGCUGGACGCACCGGAAACCUGAUCCCAACUACGCUUACUCCACCAAGCACCUCCUCUACCAACGCUCGCGCAACGCCAAGACCCCCAUCUCCCCUCUGUCUGUCACCCCCUCCUCCCCUGCACGCUGUGAUGUAGCCAAAUCAAAAGGUUUUGGAAGCGGGGGAGGCGGCUGGGUGUUCCCGACUCGCAGGCUGCGUGGUCGAACGGCAGUCAGCGAGCUGAACAUCACCUAUGUGGUGGAGCGGAGCCUGUACGGCCACCUCAACUGGGCCCAGCUGGUCCGCCCAGUUACCCUCAGCCGCGCUGAGCGCCGCUGUCUCUUGGAGGAGGACCGUGAGGCAGACAGGAAGUGGGCGGCCAGUGUGGACCGCUGCACCAAGCGUGUGCUCUUGCGCAUCCAGCAGAAGUCUAGAACGUGCAGCUUUGGAGGCUUUGACCUGUCUAACCGUUCGCUCCAUGUGGUCAACGCGGGCUCCGAUCCCAACAGUAAAGAGCAGGAGGCCAUAUACAGAGAAGUGGUCAAAUCCCCCACCACGUCUCGGAUCUCACUGGGCAAGAAGGUCAAGUCGGUGAAGGAGACGAUGAGGAAACGCAUGUCGAAGAAGUACAGCAGCUCCUUGUCUGAGCAGUCGAGUCCGGAUGGAGCUCCUGGCUCCCCUCAGUCCCCUCAGCCCGACACCGACUCUCUGGAGAAGCCCAAGCUGAAGGCCGGAGGCUCCGUGGAAAGUCUGCGUAGCUCACUCAGCGGACAGAGUUCAAUGAGUGGUCAGACAGUGAGCACCACCGACUCGUCAGCCAGUAACAGAGAAAGCGUGAAGUCAGAGGAUGGCGAUGACGAAGAGCCGCCUUAUAGAGGGCCGUUCUGUGGCCGCGCCCGAGUCCACACAGACUUCACCCCCAGCCCCUACGACUCCGACUCCCUCAAACUCAAGCGCGGUGAUGUGAUCGACAUCAUCAGUAAGCCGCCCAUGGGGACGUGGAUGGGCCUGCUGAACAACAAAGUGGGCACCUUUAAGUUCAUCUACGUGGACGUGUUGAUCGAGGAAGAGGAGAAGCCCAAGAGGCCCGUGAGGAGGAGGAGAAAGGGCCGACCACCCAAACCCACAUCAGUGGAGGACCUGCUGGAGCGCAUCAACCUCAAGGAGCACAUGCCCACUUUCCUGUUCAACGGCUACGAGGACCUGGACACGUUCAAGUUGCUGGAAGAGGAGGACCUGGAUGAGCUGAACAUCAGAGAUCCUCAGCACAGAGCCGUGCUGCUCACCGCCGUAGAGCUGCUGCAGGAGUACGACAGCAGCAGUGAUCCAGAGCGCAGCGGCCUGUCUGGAUCCCAGGAGAAGCUGCUGUCAGAGGGUCCGUGUCUGGUGGGAGACUCCCCGCGAGACUCCGGCUGCUACGAGAGCAAUGAGAACCUGGAGAACGGAAAGAGCAGAAAGGCUUCCCGCUCCAGUCGUUCCUCAGCAGGCCUCCAGUCUCCCGACUACCCCACGCUGCCCAUGACCCUCUCCACAGAGGCUCUGCAGCAGAACAGCAAGAACCAGCGCACAAAGUUCACAAAAAGCUUCUUCAUCAAACCCUCCCUGAAGGGUUUCAGCCUGCUGGGGCUGCGGAAAGCCCAAAGACGGUCCCCCAUCCCGGCCAGCCGUAGCUGCGAGGACCUGGACGGACCGCCGCAGCCCACUGGACCCUGGAAACGCUCCCACUCUCUGGGAGAUCUGCACUGGGAGCAGAACUUUGAGCAGAAGGAUCUGGGUGUGGAGCUUAAACUCACCCAGGAAGGACCCAAAUCAGGCGACACGAGCCCCACUAAGGUCUGUAGAGAGGAGGGUUCACCAGCUCGGAACAGGACUCCAACAGUGAGCCCGAAAGGAAGGGCCGACAGACCACCGGUGCCCUCCCAGCUGCCUCUCCGCCCGCCUUGUCCCACGGCCCAGUCCACCAACCCUCCAGAGCUCCUCUCCAGUCCUACUCCAAGUCCCCCUGAUUCAAGUGGGGAGAGGGUGAUCCGGACUCACCCCAAAAAGCCUCCAGUCCCUCCUCCUGUUCCUGCCAAGAAGUCUAGGGAGAGGCUCGCCAACGGCCUGCGUCACGCCCCUCUCUCCCUGCCUUCCUCGCCGUCACCCACUCCCUCCCCUACUCACUCCCUCACCCGUUCUCACCCCAGCAGCCCCAUAAUCCGCAGCCCCAGCUACGGCGCCCCGGCUCUGCCCGCCAAGACCCCGAGCACCCCCGCCAGCCCCUGCGCCACCUCAUCCGCCUCGUCCAUAGGCGAGGAGUCAGGCACUCCGCCAGCAGUGCAGCCUCCGUGGUUCUCAGAUCUGGGUUGCAAGGUGGCUGUUGCUAGGAAGGUUUCCCACGCCAAGAUGAGUCCGGACCUGCUCACCCUCCUGGAACAACGGCUGGAGGCCGAGGGCAUCGAUCUGACGGAGGAGCCCUACUCUGACAAGCAUGGCCGGUGUGGCAUCCCCCAGCCGCUGGUGCAGCGUUACUCCGAGGACUUGGAGCAGAACGUCAAGGACGUGGCCUCCACCAUGGACCAGCUCCGAGUCAGAGAGCUCCGUAAACAACACCGCAUGGCUAUUCCUUCUGGAGGUUUGACAGAGAUGUGCCGGAAGCCUCUUCCCUCAGGUAACAUCAGAACGGUCUCCGACUGGCUCACCUCCAUCGGCCUGCCCAUGUACGCCGCAUCCCUGGCGGCGGCGGGAGUCGACACGCUGAGUCGCAUGGCCUCGUUAACGGAGAGCGCCGCGUGGGAAGCCGGGGUGCGGGAUGAAAGGCACGUCCGCCGACUGGUCAGCGAGGCCCGACUGGUCGGCUCGCACAGAGAGGUGCAGUCCUAACCGCGCUGCUGGUGGAGUCGUAUGAAAUAACAGGUAUCAACUCACUGGUCAGCACCAUCUCAUUUAAACACGGUCAGUAGGCGGCCAGAGACAAAUAGGCCACGGGACUUGGCGAUCACACGGGUGACCACAGCACUUCCUGUCUCGCAUGUGUCAAAAGACUCACAGUGAAGCCACCCUGCUCUCUGAUUUUCUCUCUUUAUCACUCUCUUUUCGCAAAUGUUUACGGCAUGGAGGAGUUUCUCCCAGCAGCCAAGACAAGAUAUCAGAUGCCUUUUUAUAAAAAUAAAGACUGUCGACUCACUCGGUGGGAUGGCUUUCAUUCUGAAGACACCCCCAAAGUCUUAAAAAUAAAGACUCGGAUCUGCCUUGAAGGAAGAUAGCACACUCUUUUGUAGGAUGGAUGUUUUUUUUAAAUACAGAAAGGACGGUUUGCUUCCUGCAUAUUUCAUAAGUGCUUCAUUUUCAUCUUUCGCGGCAAGGCGACAUUAUCUGAGGGUCUCUUUAAGGAAGUAGCUCGGCCAAAGUGAUUUACUCCUCAUUCAGCGUUUCAUUCCCACUAAUAGGUUCCUAAUGACGAUGGACUUUUAAUCGACUAAAUACACACACCAAACUAUGGUGGUUUUUUGAGAUGGCUUAUUUUGUAUCAUGUUUCUGUAUUAUAGCAUAUCUUCAUUUUAAAAUGAUUUAUAUGUCAGAAUUUGUGUUUGCCUUUUUGAAUGUCGCAGCCUUAUUUGGAGGCCAGCUCUCAGUCAUUUCUAAGCUGAAACAGCUGAUGUCACACCUUUAUAUUUCACAUUAUAUUUCACUGCAGAUCUCGGAUGAGCCGAUAUGAAUACAAGUCUUACAGGAAGCUCUGUUUUACUCCGGUAAUCACAAUCAGCUUUCACAGCAACAAAACAUUCCCCCGUGUGUCCAAGCACGUUUUAAGUUGCCUUACCAUUUACGAAUGUUCAUCACAUAGAACAUCUGUAUAGUAUUAUUGACUAUACCACAAGGAUGAACUGUGCUAAAGCCUUUUUGUUCUGAAUGUGUCUGAGAAAUCAUUUUGAAAAACAAACCGGAUCAUUUGAGCCGUGCACAUGGACCACAGAACAGGCCUCUGAUGGAUUGCAGCUUCUGUACUUGUGAAGCUCCGAAGAUAAAAACCACAAAACCACAGGCACGACACGGACGUCAUCCCGUGUUUAACAUCCAUGUUUGACACAUGUGGGACGAGGAACAUGUUCCAAAGACGCAGCUGACAUCUGGGCUGUCUACACUUUGGUUACAGUUUGUUUGAGGAAUUUGAUUUAUAGCUGAAUAAUAAGCUGUUUGGGACUUUUUUUAAACACAUUAUACUGUAGCUAUAGAAUCAACGCCGGUCUGAAAUUCUUAAUUUCUCAAAACACGCUGAGGUUACAUGGUAAGGACAGAUAUAUCAGGUGAAAAGCUGACCUCUAAGGUCGGCAUACACGAUGACACUAAAUAGGGAAUGGGAAUCACAGAGCAUUCUGGGCCGCGCCGACAUUUUUGGAGGUUAGCGUACGGAGCAACUCCGUUAGCGUACGGAGAUAGACUGUCACCGGUCUAUUCAUCUGUCAAUCGUUCAUCAUCAGAAAUGUAUAAAGUACGUGCAAAAGACAAAUAUGUAAAUCUUUGGAGGCCGAUGUCCAAUUUACAAACGGGUAGGUAUAUGACGAUCCAAUCAUCUGGACAAAGAUAAGCUAGUUAAUGUUAUGCUAACGGAAUACUAACAAAAUGUUGGCUAAUACUGCAUACUGAAUCUACCGGUAUCUUGCAAAAUGAAACCCAUAACGUUAGCCUACUUUUGUGUCUGACUGUAUGCUAUAUAUACUGCAAUUCGGCUUUUGAAGCUUAUUCACUGUGCAGUGUUUUGUGUUGUCUUUUGACACUUGAAGUAAACCGCCAGCGGAUGGCACUCUUUAACCUUUUAUCCUCCAGAAAUGCCGACUUGCUGUCGGUGACGUCAAAUUCCCAUUCCCCAUAGAAAAUCAGGGAAACGCUGCGUCGGGUCAGCCUGUUAGAAAAACUUUGUCGUGUCUAGAAGGUAACCCGUGAGAUGGUUAAGGUUAGGAUAGGUCGUUGGGAAGAGUUUUUGCAGAUUUCAGAUCAGAUUUUGCGGGUUACCUUCUCGACACGACCAAAACUUUGGGCUAAAAACAACCAGAAACUCUCAUCGUCAUUUUGCUCUACAUGAAACGGAGCUAACAUUUGUGUUUUUUUCUCUCUUAUUUCUAACAGUAAAGUUCUAUCUUUCUCAGUCAGAACUGAACUGAAGACUUAUCCCAUGGAGUUCAUAUUUAAAAAAUUUGUGUUAUUGCUAAAAUUAGAGGAUGUUUUUUUUUUUGCAGUGGGAACUUGAUAGGUAGAUGUUUGAUGCCUUUUUUCUCUUCAAUCAAAAGUGGUGCUCUGAGAAAGCGAGGGUGGGGGUCAUCAUUUAAAAAAAAAGUAAAAGACCCAAGAAGUGUUUUGUAAAGAAUGAAAAUACUGACACUGUAAAUGCACUUUAGAGGGUAAAUCUAGCUGUUUUAUAGGCGGAAUUGGCUCCAUUUUGUUCACAGGUCCAUGAAUGGACAUUCGUUGUCAGGUAUUGUAAAGGGUUUCAGUGGGUGACGCUGGUAUUUUAUUUUAGUAUUGAGUUCCCAAUGCCAACUUUGAUAACCAUUCAACCUGUUCCAGUUACUCACUUCCAGUUUGCAGUCUUAGAAAAAAUUAAUUCUUAAUUACAUAUAUGAAAUGCUUAGCAGGAGUUGCACAUUCUGUAUAUGUAAUUGAUAUUUAAAUAACUUAUUUUUGCUUUUUUUUUUUUUUUCCACAUCAACUGUAAUUAGCUGUACUAUAUGAAUAGCAAUACCUUCCUGCAUAAUGCAUAUUGCUUUAGCCAGUGAGGAACUACAGUAUGUAUUGUAAGAUAUGUGUACAAAUUAUUAUUUUAUUUGGUUUUCAUCUACCUAAUGAUUGUCCAUACAGAUUUGCUUGUGUAUUGAAAACAACAAAAGUAAAUGUCCAUAACUAUUUGUCAUUCUGAAAUAUAAUAAAAACUGUUUCUUGCCA